GAUUCGCGCAGACCAGGAAGCGGAUCGUGUGGAGUGACGGUUCCAACGCGGCGCGAUUGACUUCUAAACACUCUUGAUAUAUGAGGAAGAAACCCAGAAGAGGAAGAGGAAAGCAGAGGAGUCAGGGAUGGCUCUUUCUCAGGGUCUAUUGACAUUCAGGGAUGUGGCCAUAGAAUUCUCUCAGGAGGAGUGGAAAUGCCUGGACCCUGCUCAGAGGACUCUAUACAGGGCCGUGAUGUUGGAGAAUUAUAGGAACCUGGUCUCCCUGGCUAUUUCUUCCAAAUGCAUGACGAAGGAGUUCUCAUCAGCAGUGCAAGGCAAUAGAGAAGUGCUCCACACAGGGACUUUGCAAAGACAUGAAAGUCAUCACAUUGGAGAUUUUUGCUUCCACAAUAUUGAAAAAGAUAUUCAUAACUUUGAGUUUCAGUGGCAAGAAGAUGAAAGAAAUGGCCAUGAAGCACCCAUGACAAAAAUCAAAAACUUGACAGGUAGUACAGACCCAUAUGAUCAUAGUCAUGCUGGAAACAAACCUAUUAAAGAUCAGUUUGGAUUAAGCUUCCAUUCACAUCUGCCUGAACUGCACAUAUUUCACACCAAAGGGAAAAUUGAUAAUCAAGUUGAGAAGUCUAUCAACGAUGCUUCCUCAUGUUCAACAGCCCAAAGAAUUUCUUGUAGGCCCAAAACUGAUAUAUUUAAUAACUAUGGGAAUGAUUUCCUGAAUUCUUCAUUACUCACACAAAAACAGGAAGUACACAUGACAGAAAAAUCUUUCGAAUAUAAUGAGAGUGGCAAAGCCUUUAAUUAUAGCUCACUCUUAAGGAAACAUCAGAUAAUCUAUUUAGGACAGAAACAAUAUAAAUGUGAUGUAUGUGGCAAGGUCUUUAAUCAGAAGCAAUACCUUGCAGGCCAUCAUAGAUGUCACACUGGUGAGAAACCUUACAGGUGUAAUGAGUGUGGCAAGACCUUCAGUCAGACGUAUUCCCUUACAUGCCAUCGUAGAUUUCAUACUGUUGAGAAACCUUACCAAUGUGAGGAAUGUGACAAAGCAUUCAGUUUCAAAUCAAUCCUUGAAAGACAUAGGAGAAUUCAUAGUGCAGAGAAACCAUACAAGUGUAAUGAGUGUGGCAAGACCUUCAGUCAGGAGUUAACCCUUACAUACCAUCGUAGACUUCAUACUGGAGAGAAACUUUACAGAUGUGAAGACUGUCACAAAGCUUUCUGUUUCAAAUCAAACUUUGAAACACAUAGGAGAAGUCAUACUGGAGAGAAACCAUACAAAUGUAAUGAGUGCGACAAGACCUUCAGUUCGAAGUCAUACCUUACAUGCCAUCGUAGACUUCAUACUGGAGAGAAACCUUACAAGUGUAAUGAGUGUGGGAAGACCUUUAGUCAGAAGUCAUCCCUUACAUGGCAUCGUAGACGUCAUACUGGAGAGAAACUUUACAAGUGCAAUGAGUGUGGCAAGACCUUCAGUCAGCAGUUAACCCUUAAAUGCCAUCGUAGACUUCAUAGUAGAGGGAAACCUUACAAAUGUGAAGAAUGUGACAAAGCUUACAGUUUCAAAUCAAACCUUGAAAUACAUCGGAAAAUUCACACUGAAGAGAAUCUUUACAAGUGUACUGAGUGUGGCAAGACCUUCAGCCGGAUAUCAUCCCUUACAUGGCAUCGUAGACUUCAUACUGGAGAGAAACCUUACAAAUGUGAAGAAUGUGACAAAGCUUUCAGUUUGAAAUCAAACCUUGAAAGACAUAGGAGAAUCCAUACUGGAGAGAAACUGUACAAGUGUAAGGAGUGUGGCAAGACCUUUAGUCAGAAGUCCUCCCUUAUAUGCCAUCGUAGACUUCAUCCUGAAAAGAAACCUUACAAAUGUGAAGGAUGUGACAAAGCCUUCAGUUUCAAAUCAAAGCUUGAAAGACAUAGGAGAAUUCACACUGGAGAGAAACCGUACAAGUGUAAUGAGUGUGGCAAGACCUUUAGUCGGAAGUCAUCCCUUACAUACCAUCGUAGACUUCACACUGGAGAGAAACCUUACAAAUGUGAAGAAUGUGACAAAGCUUUUGGUAGGAAAUCAAACCUUGAAAGACAUAGAAGAAUCCAUACUGGACAGAAACCGUACAACUGUAAUGAAUGUGGCAAGACCUUUAUUCAGAAGUCAUCCCUUAUAUGCCAUCGUACACUUCAUACUGGAGAGAAACCUUACAAGUGUAAUGAGUGUGACAAGACCUUCCGUCACAAGUCAUCCCUCACGUGCCAUCGUAGACUUCAUACUGGAGAGAAACCUUGCAAGUGUAAUGAGGGUGGCAAGACCUUCAAUCAACAGUUAACCCUUAAAUGCCAUUGUAGACUUCAUAGUGGAGAGAAACCUUACAAAUGUGAAGAAUGUGACAAAGCUUACAGUUUCAAAUCAAACCUUGAAAUACAUCGGAAAAGUCAUACUGGAGAGAAUCUUUGCAAGUGUAAUGAGUGUGGCAAGACCUUUAGCCGGACGUCAUCCCUUACAUACCAUCGUAGAGUUCACACUGGAGAGAAACCUUACAAAUGUGAAGAAUGUGACAAAACUUUCCGUUUCAAAUCAAGCCUUGUAAUACAUAGGGGAAUUCAUACUGGAGAGAAACUGUACAAGUGUAAUGAGUGUGGCAAGACCUUUAGUCAGAAGUCAUACCUUAGACGCCAUCAUAGUCUUCAUACUGGAGAGAAACCUUACAAGUGUAAUGAGUGUGGCAAGACGUUUAAUCAGAAGUCAUACCUUGCAUACCAUCGUAGACUUCAUACUGGCGAGAAACCUUACAAGUGUAAUGACUGUGGCAAGACCUUUGGUCAGAAGUCACACCUUACAUGCCAUCGUAGACUUCAUACUGGAGAGAAACCUUACAAGUGUAAUGAGUGUGGUAAGACGUUUAGUCGGAAGUCAUACCUUACACGCCAUUGUAGACUUCAUACUGGAGAGAAACCUUACAAAUGUAAUGAGUGUGGCAAAGCUUUUCAUGGGCAGUCAGCACUUUACAAAUGUAGUGAUUGUCACCACGUCUUCAGUAAUGCUACAACUAUUGCAAAUCAUUGGAGAAUCCAUAAUGAAGAGAGAUCUUAGAAGUGUGAUAAAACUGGCAAACUUUUCAG